AUGGGUCGUCGCGCAAAAAGCAAGCAAGGGAACCCCGAACCGCUGGCAGAACUGCAGGAAAAUGCGGGCCGUCCGUCAUCAAAGAAAACGGGCAAGCGGAAGGCCGACGCAGAUGGAGGUGCAAAGGAGGGCGUGAGCAAGAGACCUGCGAAGAAGGCUCGAGGGGAGGAGAAGGAACGUGUCCACAGCAAAGGCAAGGGGAAGGUGACAGGCAAGACGGAGAAGGCCAAGUCUUCUGCGGCCGAGAAUAAAAACAAACACCAAAACUCCGACGAAAAGGAAGGAUGGGAGGAUGUUGAGGAGGAUGUAGAUCUGAAAGCACAAGCGAAGUCGCUCUUCCACGAUAGUGACGAGGAAGAGUUUGUCGGUUUCACUGGAGAUCUCGAAGACUUCGAUAUGGGUGGUGAAGAUGCGGGCGAUGACGAUAUUUUACGAGGUCCUGUAGAAGAGCUCGACCUUGGUUCCGACGACGAUGACGAGCCAAUACCCGCAAAAUUGAAGACCAAAAGGUCAAAACAACACGAACGACCGUCAAAAAUCAUACCUACCGGAUCAGUCAAUUCAUCCUCUACUUCUGACUCGGAUGAGGAUGAGGAUGAAGAUGGCCCCGUCACGAUGGCGAAUAUGGAGGCACGUUCUCGCGCAUUGGAUGUCAAAGCUGCGAAGGAGGCAGAAUUGGACGUCGAAGAAAUGCGGAAAGCGGAGAUGGCGGGCGCGGAAGAUGACGACUUCGCAGAUGUAGAUGACGCGGAUAUGGAGGGAGACGAAGAGGAGGGUGGAGAGGCGUUUGAGUUACCCACUGCCGAGCAGCGGGAAGAGGAGAAGAAGAGCGGUGGUCCUGACGUGCACCUCGUACAGCGGCGAAUGCGAGAAUGUGUGCUUGUGCUGGGGAACUUUAAAAGACGAGCGGCAAAGGGGCGGUCGCGCUCGGAAUACGUGGAGCAGCUUGUCUACGACAUUGCAAGUUACUACGGCUACAACGAGUUCCUUGCCGAGAAGCUCUUCCAACUGUUCCCUGUUGCUGAGGCCAUCGAGUUCUUCGAAGCCAACGAGGUACCGCGACCCGUGACGAUCCGAACGAAUACACUCCACAGCCGACGGAGGGACCUCGCACAGGCACUCAUUAACAGAGGCGUCAACCUUGAGCCCAUUGGCAAAUGGACGAACGUCGGAUUGCAAGUGUUCGAGAGCAGCGUCCCUAUCGGCGCGACCCCCGAGUAUCUCGCGGGUCACUACAUGCUGCAAGCUGCGUCAUCCUUCCUGCCCGUAAUCGCGCUCGCGCCGCAGCCGAACGAGCGCGUGCUGGACAUGGCAUCCGCCCCCGGGGGGAAGACAACACACAUGGCCGCGCUCAUGGAGAACACGGGGAUCGUGUUCGCGAAUGACGCGAACAAGGCGCGUACGAAGAGUCUCACUGCGAACGUCCACCGCCUCGGAUGCAAGAACGUGGUCGUGUGCUCGUAUGACGGCAGGGAGUUCCCGAAGGUGAUAGGUGGCUUCGACCGCGUCUUGUUGGACGCCCCGUGCAGCGGAACGGGUGUUAUCAGUAAGGAUGCUAGCGUGAAGACGAAUAAGUCGGAGCGCGACUUCGUCCUAUUGUCUCACCUACAAAAACAGCUCAUUCUCUGCGCCAUCGAUAGCGUUACUCCAGACUCGAAGACGGGUGGGUACGUCGUCUACUCGACAUGCUCCGUCACGGUCGACGAGAACGAGGCGGUAGUCGACUAUGCGCUGCGCAAGCGCCCAAACGUGAAGCUGGUCGACACUGGGCUCGAGUUCGGGCGGCCGGGGUACACCAAGUACCGCGGGAAGACGUUCCACGAGAAGGUCAGCCUGACGCGCCGCUUCUACCCACACGUGCACAACAUGGACGGUUUCUUUGUCGCGAAAUUCAAGGUGGAGAAGCGCGCGAAGAACGUGGGUAAGGAACCGCAGAGCGCGAAGGAGGUCGAGGCGGGCGUGGAGGCCGUGGAAACGGAGUUUGCGUUCGAUAGCGACGAGGACCGCCCGUACAUUGAGGAAACCAAGAGGAAGAGGAUGAAAGCGAAGGGACUCCGCGUUCCUCCUCGAUCCAAGCUGGCUGCAACACCGGCCGUCCAGGCUGCUGCUGCGUGA